CGGUGGGGGUGGGGGGUGGCCAGGCCCGCGCCCCUGCGGCCACCCUGGGGAUCCCAAAACUCCUCCCCUCUCUGCUCCUAUUGGCCUCGGGCGCCCCCGCCCCCAGCCGCUAGCCUAGGGGUGGCGAUGCGAGGGGGACUGACGCUCCGACUGGAUAAAUAGGCUCCCGCGCCCCGCGAGCGGCUAGGGGUGCAGAAGCCCCAGGAACCGGCCGCCACCGCUCUGCCUGCCGCCUGUCCUACCCAGACAGGGUAACGGGACCCUCGGGCGUCCAUCUCUGCCCCCGGCAUCCUGCACGAGUCUCGGGGCUCCCCCCCGCCAAACCCGCGCGCCCAGACAUGGAGCUGUGGUCGCCCCCGCUCCGCGACGUGGACCUGGCGGCCCCGGACGGCGCCCUCUGCAACUUUGCCGCAGCCGACGACGACUUCUACGACGACCCGUGUUUCGACUCCCCGGACCUGCGCUUCUUCGAAGACCUGGACCCGCGCCUGGUGCACGUGGACGCGCUGCACCCACACUUCCCCGCCGCCCUGCACCCCGGGCCGGGCGCGCGCGAGGACGAGCACGUGCGCGCCCCCAGCGGGCACCACCAGGCGGGCCGCUGUCUGCUGUGGGCGUGCAAGGCCUGCAAGCGCAAGACCAGCAGCGCAGACCGCCGCCGGGCCGCCACCAUGCGCGAGCGCCGCCGCCUCAGCAAAGUCAACGAGGCUUUCGAGGCGCUCAAGCGCUGCACGUCCAGCAACCCGAACCAGCGCCUGCCCAAGGUGGAGAUCCUGCGCAACGCCAUCCGCUACAUCGAGGGCCUGCAGGCGCUGCUGCGGGGCCCGGACGCCGCGGCCCCCGCCGCUGCCGCCGCCUUCUUCGCGCCCGGCCCGCUGCCACCCGGCCCGGCCCCCGAGCACGACAGCGGCGACUCCGACGCGUCCAGCCCGCGCUCCAGCUGCUCCGACGGCAUGACCGACUACAGCGGACCCCUGAGCGGUGCGCGCCGGCGGAACCGCUACGAUGGCGCCUACUACAGCGACGCGCCCAGCGAGCCCAGGCCUGGGAAGGGCGCGGUGGUGUCCAGUCUGGACUGCCUGUCUAGCAUCGUGCAGCGCAUCUCCACCGAGAGCCCCGUCGCGGCCACACCGCAGCUGGACCCUCCACCGGAGUCACUGUCUCCCGGGCCGCAGGAAGGGACCUCGCGGAACCAGGGCGACAGCCUCGCCGCCACCGCCUCCCCAGGCGCCGCCUCGCAGUGCCCAGCGGGCGAGAACCCCAACCCCACCUACCAGGUGCUCUAAGGAGGCGGGCAGCAGCCCCAAGGAUGGGCCCUUAGGAUCAGUCCCUGGCUCCCAGAAGAUGCCAACCCCCUUCCCCAAGCGUGCUUUUAAAGCGACACUGCGGGAGGUGGAGGAGGGGAGGCACUGGAGAACUCAGGUUGCCAGAGGGUGGGACACCCCCUUCCCCUCACUGCAGACCCAAGCUCCGCCUUGGACGCCUUGGUCACUCCCCCGGGCCGUGGCCCCUCACUCAGGACCCUUGGUGCCUUCACUCAGUCUAGGGUGUGACCCUCCCACCCCACCCCCCGGUUCAGGACCAUUUUUUUAUAUACUUUUUGUAAUCUAUUGCUGUAAAUAAGAGUUGCUUGGCCAGAGCAAGAGCCCCUAGGGCUGUAUUUAUCUCUGAGGCAUGGUGUGCGGUG